GGAGACGGAGCGGAGCCCAGAGGCGGAGGCAGGAGCAGUCCCAGGUCCCGGGCCUCAGUUGCUAACCGGGCCGGACAUGGAGGGAGAAGCCCCGGGACGUGUGGCCAGCCUGCCUCGGGGCUGGCAGAUGAAGCGGGACCCUCACAGCGGCUGGCCGUACUAUAUCGACCAUAACACGGGCACCACUACCUGGGAGGACCCGAGGCUCCGGAGCGGCCUCCACAAACAGGAGAUGCCAUACCCAGGAUACACCUCCAAUUACUGGUAUCCCACUGGACCCCAGCCUCCAUAUCCCAACAACUACUCUCAGAUGAUGAACCAUCAGAUGCCUCCACAAGGUCUCGUCAACGGCGUCUUCCCUGGCGGACGGGCAUCCUCCCCGGGCCACAUCCCAGGGAACGCGUGGUAUCGGCCAGGACCGGGUGAGAGCAGGUCCCCCGAGACCGUCGCCAGCGAAAACAUUCAGCAGCAAGCUGGGCUGCCCAGGCCCCCGUCGAACGGACAUGCUCCUUCGGCACAGUGGGCCCACUCCCAGGCUGGGCCGCCGUCCCACAACCUUUCAGCCAGGCCGCAGACACCAGCACACCCAGCGUACGCUGCUACGGGACAGCGGGAGGUCUUCGAUCAGCAGCCCCGGUACCCAGUGAUGGCCUCGCAGUACCACUUCAGGAACCCAGACUCGGGCCCUCAGCGACCCCUGUAUCCUUCCCAGAGCCAGCCCUGGUCAUCAUCAACACAGACAGCCCCUCUGCCACCAGCAGGCAUGCAGUCCCAUGACGUCUGGGCCCAGACCCGAGCAGCAAGCCUCCCACCGUCAGCGCAGCAAUUCCCCCACGCCAUGCCGCCUUUCGGGAGUGGUGUUGUUUCCAGACCAGCUCCAGCCUGGCAGAACACAUCCAUGUACGAACAGAAGGAUCUCCCGUAUCCCGUGAACCGUCAGGAUCUCCGGGGAGCCUGCCUCAGCGGCCCCGGCUACACAGGGAGUGAGCAGCAGCCUGCAGGCUACAUCCCGGACCAGCCCGCAAACCCACCGCCCGCUCCCAGGGUGGAGUACAGCAGCCCCCCGACCGUCUACAAGCCCCCUGAGGAGAAAGCCGCCACCCCAACCAGCAACGGGCUGCAGAUGGCCGGAGCCGCCGGGCACCCCGGGCACGCCAAGGUGGAGCAGGUCUUGAGCAAGCUGCAGCAGCUGGAGGCCGAGGUGGACCGCUUCAGCGGGAAGAAGGGAGACAAGGUUUACCGGCUGCUGGAGGAGCUGCUCACCAAGCAGCUGCUGGAGGCCGACGCGGUGGAGACAGACGGUCACCAGCAUGUCCGGCUGGCCCGCAAGGAAGCCGUGCACAAGAUCCAGGGUGUGCUCGACAAACUGGAGACUCUGGCAGGCUAGACCAUUAUAGAGCAGGUACCCAUCACCCGUGACUCGCCGUAGGAAGCAGAUAGACUGACCGGGGCAGCAUGACACCCCCUCACCAACCUUACACCCCCUCACCAACCCCCAACCUUACACCCCCUCACCAACCUUACCACCCCCCCACCCCCCCAACCCCC